CGUGCUCAGUGACGUCCAAGAGCUGGCAGGCAGCGAGUAAGCGGCCGCCGCCCUCGCUCCCUGGAGGUGCCGCCGGACCCUAGCCGCCUCGUCCGUCCCCCCCCCGCCCUCGUCUCUACCUGGCGACCGCGAUGUCUGACAAGGAGUUCAUGUGGGCCCUCAAAAACGGAGACUUGGAUGAGGUGAAGGACUAUGUGGCCAAGGGUGAAGAUGUCAACCGGACACUUGAAGGUGGGAGGAAGCCUCUUCACUAUGCAGCAGACUGUGGACAGCUUGAGAUUCUGGAGUUUCUGCUAUUGAAAGGAGCCGAUAUUAAUGCUCCAGACAAACACAAUAUCACACCACUCCUAUCAGCAGUCUAUGAGGGCCAUGUUUCCUGUGUGAAAUUGCUUCUGUCAAAGGGUGCUGAUAAGACUGUGAAAGGCCCAGAUGGACUAACUGCCUUUGAAGCCACUGACAACCAGGCAAUCAAAACUCUUCUUCAGUGACGGAUGGACUGAUAUCUUAACUGUCUCUCCUGUGGCCUCACACUGCUGCCUGUCUGUCACUCUUUUGCAUCUUCAAGCUUCUUCAGCUAAAUACUUUGGGGGGAGGGAAAUUAUUUCUGAAUCAGACUAGUUAGGGGCUUGUAUUGAAGAUAAUCUCUUUGGAGAGGGUUAAAAGACUAUUACGAACAGUGUCCCUCUAGGACUUCUUUUCAGUGCACAAUCUCUUCCUGUUUCUAGUGAAAAUGGAAAAAGGAAGACAGACCAUGAUCUUGAAUUUUAUGCUUGUAAACCUCCUAGUUAGUAUUAAGAUUUUUGUUGAAAGAUUCCUUUAGAUGGAAGUACUGUGCUAUGUUCCUAGAACUAAUUGUGAAGGAGACAAUAGUCCCAUACUAUUAGUGUCUGCUAUAAUCUGAAGUGUAGUAAUGUAGGUGGCUGGGUUGCUUUUCUCUCUGUGGUUAGCUUUAUUAUUCUUCUGCCUAAAGCUUAUGUUGCAGUUUUGAGGACUUUUGAUACUAGUUAUUGGACCUGUUCUUUAUAUUGACUAAUUGGAUGUCACACUAAUAUUUUUCUGACCUAUUGAAUAAACCAGGAAAGAUCAGUUGAGGCAUGGUGAUGUUACACUCCAGAAUAUUUGCUAAGGUACUUUUUGAUGCUUGAAUUUGAGGUUUUUCUUUCCCAUGUUUAUUCUGG